UACCGGCUUCGGAACUGCCAGACUCGAGCUAGCCAAACCAAAACUCUGUUCGUCUGGGGUUCUACCUCUAACCAUCCAUCAACACACGUUCACCAGGUCAAACAUGGAAAGCGAUAUUGGUUUCCAGGCUGCUCUUGAAGAGGCAAGAAAAGGCGCUGCCGAAGGUGGUGUGCCAAUUGGUGCUUGCCUCGUUGGUGCAGACGGCAAGAUUCUGGGCCGUGGUCACAAUUUGAGAAUGCAAAAUGGUUCUCCUACCAUUCACGCCGAAAUUGGUGCUCUUGAGAAUGCUGGACGACUUCCCGCUACUGCCUAUCAAGGAGCCACUAUGUACACGACUCUCUCACCCUGCGACAUGUGCACUGGAGCUUGCAUUCUCUACAAGGUCAAGCGCGUCGUUCUCGGUGAGAACAAGACCUUUGUCGGUGGCGAAGACUACCUCAAGCAGAGAGGUAUCGAGGUUGUCAACGUCAAUUCGGCCGAAUGUGAAGAUUUGAUGAAGAAGUUUAUCAACGAACACCCCGAGGAGUGGAACGAGGACAUUGGUGAGCAGUAG